GGUCCACCAAAUCCCACAUUCCUCUUCGGUUACUUACUGCACGCCGUCACAGACUCACGGAUCACCAUAACGGUUGCCGUCGACGACGUCGACCAAAGCGCCUAAGCUUCCGACGCCUCUUCUUCUCCCCGGAAGCGAUGAGCUCUUGCUCCCUCCUCUUUCUCCUCCUCUUCGUCUUAAUCUCACACUUCAGCUCCAACCAAUCACAAACCCCAAGAAUUCGAGGUCUCCUGCUCGACUGUGGUGCCGCGGGGCCGAGCGAAGCCGCCGGUGGUCUCCCUUGGUUGCCGGACUACGCCUUCAUCGCCACCGGAAUUCCUCGGAACCUCUCCCUUCGCGGUCUUAUUCCCACUCUUUCCACGCUCCGGUCUUUCCCCGGCGCAUCGCACGGCCGAUGCAAGUUCUGCUACAGUGUCCCCGUCUUCCGUGGAUCUCGCUACCUUGUCCGCACCACUUACUUUUACGGCGGGAUCAGUGGGCCCGGCGACCCUCCGGUCUUUGAUCAGAUCGUUGAUGGAACGUUCUGGACCGUUGUCAACACUACGGCGGAUUACGCUGCUGGUGCGGCGUCGAGCUACGAAGGGGUUUUCUUGGCCAGGGGGGCCAAGAUGAAGGUUUGUGUGGCUAGGAAUGACUACACGGAUUCUGAUCCAUUUAUAAAUAGUCUGGAGAUGAUCGUUUUGGAGGAUUCGGUGUAUAAUUCCACGGAUUUUACACAGAAUGCACUGGGUCUGAUUGUGAGGAGCAGGUUUGGAUAUGAUGGUCCUAUCGUGAGGUAUCCAGAUGACAGAUUUGAUAGAUAUUGGCAGCCAUUUAGUGGAGAUGGGCAAGUCAUGCGAAACGUUCUAAAUGUAUCCGUGUCUGAUUUAUGGAACUUGCCUCCUGAAAAUAUUUUUAGCACUGCUUUGACAUCUGAUGGGGGUAAUAACAUGGAGCUGCAAUGGCCUCCCAUGUCUCUUCCAAGUUCCCCCUACUAUGUCGCUCUUUAUUUUGCUGAUAUGUCAAAUGGGAAUUCUAGGACAUUCGAUGUCUUCAUCAAUGGAUAUAUCUUCUACAAUAAUCUCGAGGUCACUUCCUCUGGUCUUGUGGUCUUUGCAAACAACUGGAAUCUAUCUGGUCUUACAAGAAUCAGUCUUCGAUCUGAAUCUGUUCCACAUCCAAUUAUUAAUGGUGGUGAGGUUUUUGGCAUUUUCUCUCUUGGAAGAAUAACUACAACACGAGAUGUAAUUGCCCUGGAGAGCCUGAAGAAGAGUAUCAGCAAUAUACCACUUGAUUGGGAUGGAGAUCCAUGCUUGCCUCAUGAAUACUCAUGGACUGGUAUCACCUGUUCUAACGGAUCACAAAUUCGUGUUGUCUCCCUGAACAUGUCAAAUAUGGGCCUGUCUGGAACUCUGCCUCCCACCAUUGCUAAUCUGACCGCACUAACUGACCUCUCUUUUGCCAGCAAUAACAUUUCUGGUCAUAUUCCAGAUCUCAAACGGUUAAAGCGGCUUGAGAGAUUACACUUGCAGGACAAUCAUUUUGAUGGGAAUAUACCUUCAUCUCUUGUAAAUCUUACGAGUCUUCGUGAGCUCUUUCUGGAGAACAACAAUCUGACUGGUCAAAUUCCCAGCAGUCUGAUAAAGCAACCUGGAUUAAAGCUUAGGCUUUCACCUGGGAAUAACUUUACCUCAGCACCCAUAGUGAGGUGACAUUUACUAUAUAUUCCAGUUUCCGAAACCUGCUUGGAUGGACUGGAAAUCAAAUGCUGGGUGAAUUCAUUCUCCAGUUGGGGCUGGCCAGGGGGUUAUAUUUCUGUGGAAUGGGCUGUGGAAGCUACCAGCAAGUGUGUGUACAUAUUGAUUCUUCAGGGAGGUUAGGCUCACAAAGUUUCUUUAGUUUUUUAUAGCAAGUCAUGGAAAAUAAUUUAAAUUUUUGUUCGUGUAGUGGCUUGUUUUUUGUUGGACAAACAUGAUUGAUUAAUGAAUAAACUUUCUACUGAAACUUUGUUGGA